CCACAGAACAGAAAGGUAGUUCUAAAAACAUAACAUAUCAAAGUAAAAACUUUUUUAAGCUCUAAAUAAAAUGACAAAAUACGUCAAAUGCACAAAAAUAAAUCUUAACUUGAUGAAGUCAAUGUGACAGCAACAAAUAAUGUCAGCUAAAUUAUUAAUUCAUAAAUUUGAAACGGGCUUUAAUUUCAAAUCUUUGCAAAUCAGUAUAGAUGAUGAAAAUGAUUCCAGUGAUACUAAAUUUAGUGAAUGGGCAGAUGGAAGGAGUUUUCCAAAAAAGAAAGAAAGUGAAAAGUUACCUCGUUUGGUUGUCAAAAUAGUAUCAGGGAUUGAGACAAGUAAUUUCAAUCUCGAUUCAUGUGCAAAACUAAUUAAUAACUCAGAAUUUGCUCCAUAUCUAGAUUCUACUAACAAUGUCAAAAAUAAUUUUGAAAUACAACAACUUAUUAAAUUUUAUGGCAAUGAACAAUUAAAUUAUUCGCAAAAAUAUUAUUCAAAUAAUGAUGAGCAAUCAUCUUUAAACAACAAUGAUGGAAAAAAUAUUUUAAAUGAGACUCUACAUGACACAAUGAGCCCUUUGGAGUACAGUUUAGAAAAAGUAAAAGAAAAUAAUGCACGGAUUAUGGAAAAUAUAAACAUGCUUAAUUUGACCUUAAAUUAUACUAAAAAGAAAGAAACAUUGGAUACUAUUUGUCCAAAAUCAACACAGUCCUUUCCUUGUGAUAUAUGUGGAAAAUGUUUUGUUUAUGAAACUGGGCUAAAAAGACAUUAUUCGAUAAGACACUCUAUAAUGGAAUCUUUGCCUCGUUGGCAGAUUGUUUGGACAUGCAUUGAGUGUUUUCAAGUAUGGCCUCAAGAUGAACUAGCUUUAAAGCAUUCAAGUCAAUGCUGCAGAUCAGAUACCACACAUUGUAUCCAAGAAAUAAAAACGUCAUCAUUGCUUCAAUGUGAAUUCUGUGAAAAAGUCUAUACUAGUAUUCCCAGAUUACUAAAACAUGCUAAAAUGCAUACAACAGAGAAUAACUAUGAAUGUAAUGCUUGUGACAUAACAUUUACAUCAUACAAGGCUGCUGAAGAGCAUUGGCUGCUGUGUCCAUGGUUAAAAACUUGUUACAGUUUCUCUUUACCAAAACUUUUGCUAUGCAAUGCAUGUGAUCGAAAAUUUAGAAAUUAUGAACAACUCUAUAAUCAUCGGUAUAAAAUAGGUCAUUUCAUGGCUAAGUAUAGUAACAAAUCUAUGGGAGCAAAUCUUUACCAAUGUGAGUUAUGCGGAAAAUGUUCAACUUCUACAUCUAUGCUGCAAGUACAUAGGCAACAGAGUCAUCCUUGCCAUAGUGUACCUUCUUACGAUAUGACCAAUAAUGGAUUUCAAAGUAACUACUUCACUGAAUUUAACUAUGAAAAUUACAUUAAUAAACAAAUUUAGAAUAAUGUAGAUUAAAAAUUAUUUAAUAAAUAAUUCUUGUGAUCUCUGUUUUCAUUCUGUAUAGAGAAUGACAAGGAUACAUUGUUGUCAAGUUUAGGUUUAGAUAAUAAAAAGAAAAGAUUUCAUGAAGUUGGUAAUAAUGAUUGAAUGCACUUACCUUAUCAGUGGGGGACAUAACUAG